AUGGCGGCUUCUCAAGAGCGUAAACGUUUCCGCCGAUUUACACUUUACCUGAUAGACACUGAUAACGUGUGGCGAGUUUGCUACCAUCAUCAGGACGACUCCAUUCAGUCCAUUGUUAAUGUGAACUGUAACAUUACGAAUGCGACGAAGAUCUUGCAUGUUUACAACGAGAGGGGAACCCUCGAAACAAGCGGCCAGAGCUACGAGCGUCAUGCGUACAUGGAGCUUUGUGAAGUUGAAGUCUAUGUGUGUUCUAACGGAACAUAUGGUGACUGUAGGCAGUUUUGUUACUGUAAAGAUGGACCCUGCGAUUUUAUCACUGGACAGUGUCCAGGAAGUGGUAUAUGUGAAAUCGGCUUUACAGGUCAACAUUGUCAAACAGACUGCAGCAGUAUUGGUAACUAUGGCGUGAACUGUUCGGAGAGCUGUAGUGCAAGACAUUGUUUUAAUCGCCAGAUGUGUCAUCGAGUCACAGGUCGGUGUUUAGAUGGGUGUCAGGAUGGUUGGAUAGCACCUACAUGUGUCAAACAUUGUGCAAAUGACUUUCGAUAUGGAGCAGGCUGUUCCAGUUUGUGUCAUGAUCGGAAGUGCGAGGGUCAGUCAGACUGUGACCGCACUAACGGUACCUGCCAAAAUGGCUGUCAGCCAGGGUGGGCAGGUGGUGAUUGUACGCACAUUCCGAUGCCAUCGUCUAGUCUGACAAUUGGAACUAUUAGUGGAAUAGCAGCAGGUUGUUUGAUUGCAGUAAUUGUGCUUGUCAUACUCGGAGUUCUUCUAAUGAGAAGACUGAGAAACACAGCCAAGGAAAACUCAUCAAAUGAAAUCGCGGUACUACCGAACAGGGAAGAACAAUCAAAAAGUGUUACCAAUAUGUAUUCAAAUGUUGGCUUUGAUAAAGAUGAUGUGCCAGAUGUGGACAACACCUAUAUGGUUAUGGGUAUUGAAGACAACCACAACGAGUACUACAAUGUCAACUGCUUACCUGUAGCUACAGGAAUUGAAGUUGGCAAGCUGGCUGCAAUCUUUGCCAAAACAUCGGAAGAAGACUUUUUAAAAGAAUUUAAUGAAUUGCCUGCUGGUUUUACCACUACAUACGAGGAGUCACAGAAACCCGAAAAUAGACUGAAGAACAAAUUUCAGGGAUAUUAUCCUUAUGACCACAACAGAGUUACAUUGGAAUUACUUCCAGAAAUUCCAUGUUCUGAUUACAUCAAUGCCAGUUUUAUUUCGGGCUGUGUGACAGAGAAGAGGUAUAUUGCAGCUCAAGCACCAAAGGAUAUAACUUUGUUGGAUUUUUGGAGAAUGAUUUGGCAAGAAGGCUGUCAUACCAUUGUUAUUCUUACAAACCUGGUUGAAAAAGGCAAGGAAAAAUGUUUUCAAUACUGGCCAGAGACAAUGCGGGAGUAUGGUGAUAUCAAGGUGACCUUGGAUGAACAAAUAAAGAAAACUUUUUACACAAUGCGUCUCCUUAAGACAAUUCAUAAAAAGACAAAUGAAGAGAGAAUGAUAAAGCAGUUUCAUUUCACCUCUUGGCCUGAUCAUGGGACCCCAGAUACUAUGAAUCUCAUUGAAUUUAUGUGGCUUGUCAAAUCUUGGGACAAAUCCAGAAGUGGUCCCAUGCUUGUUCACUGCAGUGCAGGAAUUGGUAGAACAGGUUCUUACAUAUCAAUUGACACCUUAAUCGAUGAAGGUCAGAAAACUGGAAAGGUUGAUGUCAAACGUUUUGUCACUCAGCUAAGAGGUGAAAGGAAAAAUAUGAUACAGACAGUGGAACAGUACACCUUUAUAUAUGAAGCAUUACUUGAAGCCUUUUCCUAUGGUAAUACAAUCAUGAGUCGUCAACAGCUGAAAGAGACCUACUCACCAGACAGUUUUAAGAUUGGAUCCAAGUCCUUGGAAGAACUGAGUCAGGGAAAGAAGAAUGCUAUAACGUUAUUGUUCAUGGAGCAUUCGCACCAUGUAAAGCAAUUCAAACACCAGCAAUCUCAGCAACUUCUGUCAGGAAUAAUUGUAUACUGCGAGUCAUUGGACGAUGCUAGUAUAGAUGAUGAGACUGUUUGGAACAUAUUAUUUGACUAUCACUGCUCCACUGUCAUACACCUUGUAGCCAGUUUAAAGGAAUCAAAUGAUUUGCCACUUUCUAGUAAGAAUUCAAAGAAUUUUGAAUUUACUGAACUCAACACAGAAAACGUGCCAGGUGAGCUGACGGUGACGAAAGCUCAAGUUGAAAAGGAAAACGAGAUUCGAAAUUUGCAGUUGUAUACCUUGUAUAAUUGGUCUGGAAGUCUUCCUAAUUCUGACAUGAUUACUGUGAUUAAUGUCAUGGACAUGGCAAGGCAAGAUCAGCUUGUAUCACAGCAUCCUGUGUUGGUUCUUCAAAGUAGUACCUGUGUUGAUCCUGGACUAUUUUGUAUUUUGUUCAACGUCCUCCAAGGUAUUGCAAUGACUGGAGAUGUGGAAGUCAUCAACAAUGCCAGGAGAGUACUCAAACACCUGCCAAAGACAACAAUAUCUAAGGAUAUAAUCAACUACUGCUAUCGCAUGGCCUUGUUUACAGAUAACACCAACAGCAUCUAUGCCAAUAUCUGAUACCUGAUAUAAUACGUUUAGACUAUUAUAUAACAGAAAUACCAAAGUCAGUGAAUGGCUAGAGAAUCUGUGCCAGUGUAUCAUUGUCUACAGAGAGAUUCCAUGGAUGAAGCUUUACUGUAAUUUGUUUCUGAUUUUGUUAUGUAAAGGUUGCAGAUAUUUGUCGGGCUUCUUUAUUUAUCGGCAGCUUGUUUGUGUGAAACCUGAAUGCAGAUUCAAUGGACAGUUUGUAAAAUGAGCAAAUGUUACAUAUCAUAAAGGAUACAAGAAAAGAAAAAUGUUCUCCAUACAGGCAACUCUAUUCAGUUAGCACAUUCAGAACACUGGUUGAAUGAGAAAUGCUCAAAGUUUCUACAGAAGGGAUUUGAUCCUGUGAUUCAUUGUACCAGAUGGAUGAUAACGUUGCACAUGGGUGAACAUUUGAAUUCAUAACUAUGAUGUCAAAACUGCAGGGGAUAACAUUAAAAACAAAUUAUUAGGUAACUGGAAGUAGGUUCACAUUAUGUUUUACUUUGGUAAGCGAUUGUUCUGAUCUAUGAAUAAUUUGUGUAACUGGUGAGUUAUCUAACCCUAACAGGCUUUUACUAUGGUUCUGUACUACACUGAUGUCAAAAAAAAUCAUUUGAGAAGAUUUUGGAAAUACAUGGAUGUUUGUUAGCACAUUCAGAAUGGCUAUUGACAUAUCACUUGUAGAACACUGAUUGAAUGAGAAAUGCUCAUGAUUGCACAUGGCUGAACAUUUAAUUCAUAACUAUGAUGUCAGAUCCAAAGGUCAAAACUGCAGGGGAUAAUAUUAAAAAAAUAUAUAUUAGGUAUUGGUAACUGGAAGUAUGUUCACAUGAUUUCUACUUUGGUAAGCGAUUGUUCUGAUCCAUGUAUAAGUUGUGUAAGUGGUGAGUUAUCUAACCCUAACAGACUUUUACAAUGGUUCUGUACUAUAUUGAUGUAAACAAAAAUUAAUUUAAGAACAUUUUGGAAAUACACUGAAGUUUGUUAAAAAUGUUCUGAUGAUGCUUUUAAUUUUAGAAUCGAAUGGAACAAUACAUAACCAAUUGGCAGUUGACGUGAAUUUAAAGGAGGGGACAAUUAAGGCAUUUGGCCUGGUAUGCAUAUUCAACUAUAUAUAAUGCACAUUAUUACUUAAUAUCAGCAAGUAUAAUCGUAUAGUUAAUUAAUAAAACGGUUAAAUGUGAUG